GCCUGCGUCUGCCAGAAAGGAGCCCCAAACUUAAGAAUGCCCCCGUCCGAAGAACUCGAAGCGACCCCGCCCUCGGCCAGCCCCGCACGGUCCCCCCGCGAAGCUGACACCCUCGGGCGCGCAGGCGCGAGCUGGGCCGCGAGCUGGGAGCCCGGGCUGCUUCCGCGCGGGGACCCUGCCCCGGAGGCAGCCGGAAGCCCGCACGGGGACUCUGCGCGCGGGGUGACCGCCCGCUUCAGUUCGCGGUGAGGGAGAAUGCUGGCAGUCCUGCAAGAGCUCAGCAGACACCCGCUUUUAAAAGGCAGAGACCUGGGAGGAGGCCUGGUGUCUAAGCAGCUGAGCUCAGGGAAGGAUGGAGAGCCUGGGAUUGAAUCCUCGUCUCAGCACUGCCAGGGCCCAGCUUUGUUACCUUGGACAAAUCAUCUCCAAAUCUCAGCUUCCUAUAAUACAGGAAUCCUCAUUUCACUAUCAGGGCUCGACUGCAGAACUUCGGCGUCCAAGCUACUUCGUCACCCUCCGGAGCAGCCGUGGGGGUCCGCAUUGUUCGCAACCCCAUUUUACAAACUCUGAACCUGAGGCCCUGAGAGCCCAGUACAGGGACACAACUCGAUCUCCAAGCCUCUAAUGGAGAAGAAGCGACGGGCACGCAUCAAUGUGUCCCUGGAGCAGCUGAAGUCGUUGCUGGAAAAACACUACUCACACCAGAUCCGGAAACGCAAGUUGGAGAAGGCAGACAUACUGGAGCUGAGCGUCAAGUACAUGAAAAGCCUUCAGAACUCGGUGCAAGGGCUCUGGCCGGUCCCCCUCGGAGCUGAGUUCCCGUCGGGCUUCCGCAGCUGUCUGCCUGGCGUUGGCCAGCUUCUGCGGCGCGAAGAGGGCGGCGGUGGCCUGCGCUGCCCCCUGGCGCACGAACGCGCAGGUGGCAGCACCAUGGACAGCGCCAUCCCGAGCCGGGAGGCGCCCGAGCCGCUCAGCCCCUGCGCCCCCGCCAUUUGGGCCCCUGCUCCGGCCACCGGCGGCUCGCGGUCCCCGCCACCCCGGCUCCUCUUCCCUGGAGGUCUUCCCGGCCCGUCCUCCAGCGUCCCGGGGCCGCAGCCGGCACCUCGCCGCUGCACCGAGAGCCCCGGGCCGCGUCUGGGCGUUUGGCGGCCCUGGUGA